UUCUAGGAUGGCAAAAUGCCUUUGUACUUUGUUGGGGGCUUUGAUCGACGAAAACCUAAUUUUCAUGGCGUUACUGGUUCUUCUAUGUGUGUUAGCGCUGCUCUUGGUGUUGAUCGUCAGCGUUACUAUUUGGCUAGCAAAAUUGCGUAGCCGUGUAAACAGUAUUUCUAACAGAUGGAAAGAUUUCUGCAGACUUGAGGUUACUGAACAACCUUUGAUAUUCUCCAACAAAGACACUUCAGGUUCUAAUAGAAGUGAUCCUUGGAAGCGCCUUACCAGUUCUAAUGCCUACGCACCAUGGAUUGUCAGUGGGGAUGUAGACUUGAAGGAAACUUCAUUUGGCUGCUCUACAACAGUGGCAGAAGACGAGAGGUCCAUUCAUGGUAUCAACAUAGGAAACGAAAUAAAAGUCAGCGAUAAAGAGGAAGACUCGUAUAUUCAAAUAAUUGGCGACGGCCCAACAAUAAAAGACUCUCCUGGUGAUCAACCGGAGAAAAAUGGGAUAGAAGUUAAGAGGAAAAUGUACAUGAGCUUAAAGGGUGCCAAGGCUGACACCUACGCUAACCUCCGGGAAGAAAUGACAGAAGUGGAUUCUGGGAAAGGGGAGAAAAUCGAAAUAAGCCAGAACCUAAAAUCUACUAAUGGAACCUUGGAUGGCGGAGGGCCACAAAAUGAGUACGACCAUGGGUACCUUGUGGUGUUUGGUUCUGGUAAACCAUCCGAGACGUCAGAAUUGGCUGCUAAUGGAAUUCCUCCUCGUGAAGACGCAUACGAGUCACAGUAUCUUUUGCCUGUGGACUCUCAACCAAAAGAGAUAAAAAAUCAAAAAGAGGGAAAAGAAGCUGGCGAGCGCUUUGGAGGUCAGAACAAGGCCGGUGAUCCGAAACGUAUGUCUCUGACCCCGAAGUUGCCACCGAGGAUAGUAACAUUUGGACCCAGAGCUGUUCCUGAAAUCCAAAAAUCUCAAAAUGACAAAGCUAUCGAACUUAGUGAAAUAUCAAAGAGCAACGACGAAGAUAGCUUUGGGUACCUCCUUGUCCAACACGAUGGAAACUCUGAAGCCAAAAGGUUGUCUGGUAGUCUUACAGAGAGCCUGGCGCUCCAACGAGGAACUGUCCAGACACCGACUGAUGGGGGUGCGUGUGUGGAUGACCGAAACGACGACAACUAUGACUACAUCACUUCUGAGAAGGUGAAAGACUGGAAAGGCUCCCCUGACGUCAACAAUUCUGUACAUGUCCCAGGAAAUGACAAAGAGAGUCAUCCCAAUGGUAAACCUAAAACUGAUACAAAACCCUCCGAUGAAGAUGGCAAUGGCUAUUUGGCUGUUAUACAUGAUAGCUCAAUUGAUGACAAGCAACAACCCGAAAGACAUGAUUCACGUGGCCACAUCACCAUUGGGCAAGGUCAUCAGGACAGCACUGACGACAUUUAUGCUACGAUUCAAGACAACAAUAAUGAUCCAAACAAAGAGCCGGCUCCUGCCAAUCCGGAGGCGAUAUAUGUUAAUCAAGACAAUAUCCAAAGCGCUGCUGAAGAAAACACGGAGGAUACCCACAUCUAUGCCAACAGUGACGUUCAAGAAGACUCUUCCCUUUUUGAUAUAGCUGCUCAAGAUAUCGAUAAAAGCCCGAUCUACGAUAAUGAUAUAAUGAAGGUUUAGGACCGUGGGGGUUUAUUAACUCUAAGUAUUGUUUGGUGAUUUGCGAACAUGAUGUAGGAGAUAGUUAUAACUUGUAUUGAUUUGUACAGUAUCCUUCAAAGUUUAUUUGUUGCGGCAACUGGGAGCACUGUUGUAAGUAGUUAAGUGCUACAUAGUGACUUUUCCCAAACUUUUCCUUGUUAGAUUUGGGAUUUUAUGAAUGCGUUUCUAGGUGUAUCCCAAAAUCAUUCAGUAACUCAAUUUUCCUCUGAAUUAAGACGUUUGUCACAUUACCGAAAUAUAUUCAAUACGUGUCGGAGUCCAAAAAAAAGCAAAAUAAGUCCAGAAUUUGAAAUUAUUUAAAACAAAUAAUUGGAAGUGGUGAGGAAUUUAUUCCAAUCACAAUAAUAGUCGGAGAUCGAACGAACUGAGAUUUAAUUUUUCAACAACUAACAGCUUUUUUUCCUAUAAAUACAAAGUUUAACCUUUCGUAGGCGAUAAAAAGAGAUUAGUUGUAACAUGGCCCGGUGGUUUUCCGAGCUUGGCGCAUUUUUUCAAAUUAUAGGGAAUUUAAAUGACUAUCGUGUCCCAAAUAUGUAGUAAAAUAUACAGUAAACUAUUAAGCAAAAUUCAAA